AAGGAAAAUAGAAAAGAAAAAAAAUGAGUUUCAUUGCACGCGCUUCUCUCAGAAGCUCUUGCAUCCAGUGGCAAACGGAGCGUUGAACCUCUUCCCCUAAAACACUGACUCAACGACCUAUGGCAUCAUCGGGUUCGAACGAACUCACCGGCACCAACACGCUUCAGUCCAUUCGCUACAAUCGCGGUUCCCUUCAGCUUCUUGAUCAGAGAAAACUCCCUCUAGAAACAAUUUACUUGGAGAUUCGCGAUUCAACCGAUGGCUGGAAUGCCAUUCGGGAUAUGGUGGUCCGAGGAGCACCUGCUAUUGCCAUUGCAGCCGCACUCGCCCUGGCUGUGGAGGUAUCUAAUCUAGGUGAUUUUAGUGGGUCGCCCAGUGAUGCGGCUUCCUUCCUGCAGAACAAGUUAGAAUAUCUUGUCUCAAGUCGGCCAACUGCAGUGAACCUAUCAGAUGCUGCAACAAAACUCAAAGAAGUCAUAUCUGGAGCUGCUGCUACCGCUUCAGAGGCCAAAAGUGUUUUUCAGGAUUAUAUAGAGGCUGCUGAAAUUAUGCUCGUCGAUGAUGUUGCCUCAAAUAGAGCAAUUGGUUCUUAUGGAGCUACUUUUAUUCAACACCAAGUUGAGAAGCCUAAGCUUUCUGUUUUGACCCAUUGCAACACUGGAAGUUUAGCUACUGCUGGAUAUGGUACUGCUCUGGGUGUAAUCCGUGCACUUCAUAGUGGAGGAGCUUUAGAAAGGGCUUAUUGCACAGAAACACGCCCAUUCAAUCAAGGAUCUAGACUGACUGCCUUUGAGUUGGUACAUGAUAAAAUACCAGCAGCUCUUAUAGCGGAUUCUGCUGCAGCUGCACUAAUGAAGUCGGGACGCGUGGAUGCUGUUGUUGUGGGGGCGGAUCGUGUUGCAUCAAACGGAGACACAGCCAACAAAAUUGGAACCUACAGUGUUGCCUUAUGUGCCAAGUUUCAUAAUGUACCCUUUUAUGUGGCUGCACCAUUGACUUCAAUUGAUCUCUCACUUUCUUCUGGAGAAGAAAUUGUCAUUGAGGAGAGAUCUCCCAAGGAGUUGUUGAACUCACGUGGAGGACUUGGAGAGCAGGUUGCUGCAUCAGGAAUUUCUGUAUGGAACCCUGCUUUUGAUGUCACACCUGCUAACAUAAUAUCUGGGAUUAUUACUGAGAAGGGUGUCAUUACAAAGUCAUCUGCUGCUGAUGCUUUUGACAUAAAAGCUUUCAUACAAAAAACACUUUAAGGGCUGAAAGUGUUUAGUGUCAAUGACCUAUGGUGGAGUUAGAUUUUUCUAACACAUUGCAUCCAUUUUAGAUUGGAAAGUAUUGUGUUAAAUUUUUUGUUUGAGGUUGUGACUUCAGCACAGGAUUAGCUUCUUCAAUGGAAAUGUCCCGGGAAAUAAAUCGCGGCCUGUUUAAUAAACAUGUCAAUAAGAAAUUGGCGGCGAUCAUGCCCUACAUGCUUAAAAUCGAAUGCCAUGGGUUCUUUGAAAGUCAGUUUGAUCACCUGGUUGUAUGAUAAAAUUCAAAUAUUAUGAAGUGUGUUAUGUGCUUUAUUGGAAA